AAUAUUUUUUUUUUGUUACAGUUAAAUUAAUAAUAAAAGCUAUUGCUACACAUUACUUGCCACAUUUUAUCUAAAAUUAUUCAAUGCAAAAUAGUGUUUUUAGAAUAUAAUGACAUUAAAUAUAAAGCAUGUAGUAUCUUUUAGCAGUGAAGAUCCGAGCUUUCCAGCUGAGAAUUUAUUAAAAUCAGAGAAUUAUUACAAGUGGAAAUGUGCAAGUGGAACUGAAAGACAAGCUACUGUUAUACUCCAGCUUGAAAAAGUGAGCAAAAUUCACUCUAUUGCUAUUGGUAAUUGUGGCUCUGCAUUUAUUGAGGUUUUGGUUGGACGAUCUAGUUGGUCGGCAAAUAAUGAAUUUCAAGUAUUGAUUGCAGCAUCAACCUUUAUGUCACCUAGUGAGAGCAAAUCUGGCAAAGAGUUAACCAGGGUCAGAAUAUUUGGCAAUGAAUCGAUUAUUAAAUCAGUUGGACAGGAAAAGUGGGACCAAGUUAAAAUUGUUUGUACACAGCCUUAUUGUCAGACAGAUGGGUAUGGUUUAUCAUUUAUAAGAAUACAUCCACCUCCAGACACAAAUAUUCAGUUGAGUGAUUCUACAAACAACUCUAAGGAAAUUGUCAUGGGAAAUUUUAGAUUAAAAAGCAGCUCUGAUGAUGAAAAUAGUUUGGCAUUAACUGCUGGUAGUUUUUUUCAAAAGCGAAAAAUUUCAGAAUCUCAAGACCAAAUCUCUCCAAAAGUUUCGAUGGCAGUUGCUGCUCGUACUGGAUUAAGUUCUCAAAAGCCAUUGGUUUUUGCUUCAUCAUCAACAGAUAACUCCUCCAAAACUAUCAAUAUAUCUGCUAAUCGUAGAAAUGAGGUCGCUGCUUCUUUGUUAAAUUCAUCUAACACAGAAAAAAGUAAAAGCAUAUUUCCAAAAAUGAAAAAUGAAUCUUCUAAAAGAAAUGUAAUGGAUAUUGAAAGUGCUAAAAGAAAAUCUAUUGAAGAAUCUGAGAGGAAUCAGCCAAACAAGAAAAACAAAGUUGAUAGCAAUCUUGAAUUGAAAACAACAGAAGUUCCAAAGAAAAAGAAGAAAAAAAAUGUUCCAUUUAAUGAGAUUUUGAAAGGUGUAGUGUUUGUAUUAAGUGGCUAUGAAAAUCCACAACGUGGCAAAAUUAGAGAUUUGGGAAUAUCUAUGGGUGCACAGUAUUCUGCAUCAUGGAACAAUUCAUGCACUCAUUUGAUUUGUGCUUUUCGGAAAACUCCAAAGUUCAAUGAAGUUAAAGGAAAAGGAAAGAUUGUUGGCAAAGGUUGGUUUACUGAUUGUCAGCAAAAGAAGAGGCGAACAAAUACAAAAAAUUUUCGUAUUGAUGGAGGAGGCAAUAGCAGCUUUGAAUCAUCUGGAGAUGAAUCAUUUAUAGAAAAUGAAGCUCAUAUGAAAGAUAAAAAGAGUUCUAGUGAAAAUGAUACAGAAGAUGAAAUAAAAAGAGUACGCGGUUUAAAUAAACCUUCGGCUAAUGAGAUCUCAAGCAAUUCCUUAAAAUCAACCUCUGCAAAAACUGAAGAUGAAGAUCCGUAUGGUGCUUCAACAGAAUCAGAAUCAGAAGAGAAAAAAGUUGCUCCUAAAAUAGAAAGUAUUUCUGAUGCAGUUGUUCCCAGUUUGCCAGAUUUUUUUUCUGGGAACUGUUUCUUUGUUUAUGGGGAUAUGGACUCUAAAGACAGACGUUACCUUAAAAGAUGUAUCAUUGCUUAUGCAGGAACGGUAGAAGAAUACAUGAAGGAAUCUGUUAACUACGUUAUUACAAAUAGUGAUUGGGAUGAGAAUUUUAAGCAGGCUUUGGCUGAAAAUUCAUCAUUAAAAUUCGUCCGUCCAAAAUGGAUUUUUAAAUGUCACGAAAAACAAAAGUUUUUACCCUGUGAUCCUUAUUUAGUGUUACCAUUAUAAAGAUCUUUCACCACUAGAACAAGUUGCUUUAUAAAGUUUAUCUAUGAACUGUGGAGUUCAUGAACGGUUGUUAAUUACAGUUUUUUGAUGAGAAGUCUUAUAUAAAAUCAUUUUGAAGAAAAGCAAGAGAUAACAUUUGGCAUGUUAUUAAUUUUUCGUUAAUAAAAAAUGUUUUAGUUUAUUGCGUAAUUGAAGAUGCAUUAAAAUGGCUUUUGUAGUUCGUACACAGUCACCUUAUGUUUGUAUAUGAUUUGCCGGAUAAUUGCGUUGGUUUAAUUUUCUUAAACUAUAAAACAUUAAGUAUAUAACUAUACUUGAGUACUAUAUAUGUAAAAACUAAUAUUAGACUUAUAUAUUUAUAUAUAUAUAUUUAAAUGCA